GGUUGACCUUGUUUGUUAUAUCAAAGAUGACAUCGAUCAAGGGAGCAAGCGAUGAUGGAACGCAUUUCAUUCAGAAAACAAUUCGAGAUACAGAAAGAAGUAUGGCCAAUUUGCGCCGGACAUUGGCUGGCUAUCUAAGAAACCAAGAACGCCUCCGGCGAAAAAGUCUUAAAUUGGCCGUGGUACUCAAGAUGUUCUCGGAAAAUGAGGCGCCUGCCCUUUCCACAGUGUUGUCCGGUCUGGCGGAGCUGGUAACAGAACGUGAGAAGGCCCGUGAAGUUGCAACCGAUAGAAUAAACAUAGUAUCUCAAGAACCAUUAAAGCUAUAUUCGAUGAUAUGUACUAGAAUGAAGAACGAAGUGAAGGCAAGAGAAUCGGCUGCACAGAAAGAACAUAGAAAGCAAGAACAGUUGGAUAAAAUAUUGAUCAAGGAUGCUGCAAACCGUACCAGAAUCUCUCAGAGCCAAUUAGAGCUAGCGGGUGCCACACAGGAUGUGCGAACAGCAACUGGCGCAUUAGUUGACAGCGUCCACAGGUUUGAAAGUCAAAAGCGAGCUGAUCUGCAGAGAUCCCUUGGAGAAUUCCUUUGGAAUGAAAUGAAUUUCCAUGCACAAGCCCUGGAAAUACUGACCGAGGCACAUCAGCUCCUGAUGACAGACGAUAUGAGCGCUGAUUUGGCAGAGAUUGAAGAGAGAGUGAAUCUAGCAGCAUCGCGAACAAAUUCUCCGAUUCGGGGUCACCGAGAGGACGCUUACUACGACAGUGACGAGGACGACUCGAGAAGUCCGCAUUUCCGCAGGAAAGACAGCAUCAGAUCACGAAAAUCUGUCAGAUCUCAUCAGGACAGGUUAGAACCACCCAGAUCAGAAAAAAGACGCCAGAGCGCUGGUCACGCAAGAGGUAGAAACAAGUAACUGUCUCCGCAAGUGUAUCACUGAGCUAAGUGCAUAUGUCAAUAUACAUAUAUUUCAAUACAAACGGAUGCCAGAUCGGGAGGAACUAUAUGGCUAGGA